AUGCCUUUUUCGGGCCCGCUACCGCUGGAAUCGCUGCCUCCGCCAUGGUACAAGCAGCGGCUUCCAGAUUCAGACAAUGACGAUCAUCCCGACUCCUCCACAAGCCAUGAAUUUCUUGCUGGCGCCUCUACUCCACUACACGUGAAUCCAUCUAAACUGGUGAUGAUGAUCUCACCUAUGAAAAAGCUCGAUAAGCUACAUUUGACUCAAGGGGAGUUGGGGCCAAUCGAGGCUUCUGAUGAUGAAGAAAAUAGCCUGGCUUGUGCCGGUAAUCAGACUAUAUUGACUGACUACAGCAGUGAUCUGGACCUUGAAGAAAGACCCCCUCCUAUGUUUGUUCGCAAAAGAAAGCACGAUUCCUCACUGGACAUGAUCAUAACACCUGCUUUCAAUUAUGUGAAAAUCAAGUCCUCAGACCUACCUGCUUCUAGAGACUCGUUCGUGGAUCAAAACUCAUGCGAAUCGCUCCUGAAGAUCAGCUUCUCUACGUCAUACUCAACUCCAUGCCCGAUACAGCCUAGAAAGAAGCUCAAGUUGAAGGAUGACUCAACGCCCUCGCAUCCCCUGCGUCUCAAGAAGCCUUUACUCAACCUCUCCUGCUCAACGAAGGUUUCUGCUGGUUCAGAGCCUCUCAUAGACAAACUCAACAACGCAGGCGAAGAGGAUUCCUUUGGGGAUAACUCAGUCGAGGAAGAGCCUGAACGUAACCCGGCUCAAUCUACACCAAUAAGUCAGUCAACUCCCGCCAAUUCGCGUGCCCCUUCGCCGUUUACAGAGGAUACCUCUGGCAGUAUCAAUGGAUUCUCCUUCGUCAAACCUGUCCCAGCCAUCCCAUUCAAGUACGAGACUCCCCAAGCCCGUCCAACUUCUACUUAUCCAUCCUUCAACCCUUCGCAACAGCUCAAGAAUGCCUAUAACAAUAAUGAUUUUGCAGAAGCCACAGGCGGGAAGUACGAGGUUGUCGGAAAAUUUCCCAUGUCUGCUGCUGGAUUGAUGGAUGAAGGAGAUGAAGAUCUUCAUGUUGGGGACAAACGUAUCAAUGACCCUUACCUUCAAGCCCCAGUGGAGACCUCUGAACUUGAGGAUGAUGACAAAGUUAGCACUCGAGAGGCUUACCUCUCCAGCAACGACAAACUACCCUUACUUUUGCAUUUUGAGUCUGAGCUUUCUAAACAAGAAAUGCUUGACCUCAUUCAGGAUUCGAAAUCCGUUUCUGCAUUUUACGACUAUAUUUCGGAGCCCAACACAUUGAUGACGUUACUCAAGAAAGAGCGUCUCCGCUGGCACCCUGAUAAAUGGGUUUCCCGUUACGAAUCCUCUCAGUUUGAUGAGGAAGUAAUCCGGAGUUUAAGUCAAGUCAUCAAUGCUCUCAUAGAAACCUCAUAG